AUGGACGGCUACGAAUACGACUACGCUGACGAGGAAGGCUUGGGUGUCACGCCCGAAGACUGCUGGACGGUCAUCUCAUCAUUCUUUGAAGAGAAUGGCCUGGUCUCACAGCAGAUUGACUCCUUUGACGAGUUCACUGGAACAACCAUACGAAGUCUUGUGGAGGAAUAUGCCAAAAUCACACUCGACCAGCCGAAUCCGCCACCGAGCGAUUCUCGAAACCCUUUGGCAUUGCGUCGGUACGCUUUGAGGUUCGGUGCAAUCUCUGUGGCCAAACCGAACGUCAGCGAAACGGAUGGCGUGCCUAUGACCCUACUUCCCUACGAAUGCCGCGACCGCAAUCUGACAUAUUCGAGUGCUAUGUACGCGAAUGUGCACCAGGUCGUCAAGGUCAUUCACGAGGACGAGCAAGAGCCGGACGAUAUCGAAGACAGGGACAGAAACUGGGUCUACGAGACAGGCAGCCCGGCUGACGAGGAUGAGAAUCUCUCAGGCAAGAUGCAGAAUGACCCUGCUUAUCUUGGCAAGUUGCCAGUUAUGGUAAAGUCAGAAGUAUGCCACCUGCGCCACGAGGACGAUGAAGGGCUUUUCGUUGUCAAUGAGUGUCCUUACGAUCAAGGCGGCUACUUCAUCAUCAACGGUAGCGAGAAAGUCCUGAUCGCCCAAGAGCGGUCCGCCGCCAACAUUGUCCAAGUUUUUAAGAAAGCCCAGCCCAGCCCCUUCACCUACACAGCAGAGAUCAGGAGUGCGCUGGAGAAGGGCUCGCGGCUCAUUUCCAGUCUCCAGCUGAAGUUGAACGGAAAAGGCGACUCUGCCCGUGGCGGGUUUGGUCAAACUAUUGCGAGCACCCUACCCUUUGUCAAAUCCGACAUUCCUGUGGCUAUUGUGUUUAGGGCCCUUGGGGUUGUGUCGGACGAGGAGAUUCUCAAUCACAUUUGCUACGACGAGAACGACACCGAGAUGCUGGAGAUGCUUCGGCCUUGCAUUGAGGAGGCUUUUGCCGUCCAAGAUCGCGAAGUGGCCCUGGACUACAUUGGGAAACGUGGCAACCGAGAUCAGGCAGGUCUGGGCCGCGACAAACGCAUUCGAGUUGCGAGAGAUAUUUUGCAGAAAGAAACUCUUCCUCACGUGUCUCAAACCGAGGGCGAUGAGACAAAGAAGGCGUUUUUCCUCGGGUACAUGGUACACAAGCUCUUACAAUGUGCCCUUGGACGCCGGGAGCCAGACGAUCGAGAUCAUUUCGGGAAAAAGCGCCUCGAUCUUGCUGGUCCUUUGCUGGCCAAGCUAUUCCGCGGCAUUAUGCGCAGAAUCAACACCGAGCUGUCAACAUAUCUCAGGCGGUGUGUCGAGAGCAACAGGCACUUCAACAUCAAGAUUGGUCUGAAAUCCUCAACCCUGUCGAACGGCCUCAAGUAUUCGCUCGCCACGGGCAACUGGGGCGACCAGAAAAAGGCUAUGAGCUCUACAGCUGGUGUUUCUCAAGUACUCAACCGAUAUACCUUUGCCUCGACAUUGUCUCAUCUCAGGCGUACCAACACCCCCAUCGGUCGUGACGGUAAAUUAGCCAAGCCGCGACAGCUUCACAAUACUCAUUGGGGCCUCGUCUGCCCUGCGGAAACUCCGGAGGGUCAGGCUUGUGGCCUUGUCAAGAACCUGUCGCUAAUGUGCCACGUUUCGGUCGGCACUCCUGCCGAUCCCUUGUACAAUUUCUUCAUCAGCAGAGGCAUGGAAGUACUCGAAGAGUACGAGCCCAAACGGUUCCCGAACUCAACCAAGGUGUUCCUCAACGGCAGCUGGGUAGGAGUACACGAGAAUCCUAGAGAACUUGUGGAUCAUUUGGUGGCAAUGCGCCGCAGCGGGGGCAUAAGCGAGGAGGUUUCGCUUGUUCGCGACAUCCGUGAUCGAGAGUUCAAGUUCUUCUCGGAUGCCGGCCGCGUCAUGCGCCCUUUGCUCACCGUGCAGCAACACGACGGCGAGAUUGGCCAGCCAGAGAAAGGCUCCCUCUGCCUGACCAAGGAGCAUGUGUCCGGGUUGUCUGAAAUGCACGAGGUGGACAACGGACAAGAGUUGAUGGAGGUGACUGGUUGGAAGUGGCUUGUAAAAAGUGGCUGCAUCGAGUAUCUCGAUGCCGAGGAAGAAGAGACUGCCAUGAUUUGCAUGACUCCCGAUGAUUUGGAGCUCUACCGGCAACAGAAGCUAGGCUACAAUGUGGACGAGGACCUGGCUGCGGAGCCCAACAAGCGCCUGCGUACCAAAACGAAUCCCACGACACAUAUGUACACGCACUGCGAGAUUCACCCUAGCAUGAUUCUCGGUAUUUGUGCCAGCAUUAUUCCGUUUCCCGAUCACAACCAGUCACCUCGUAAUACAUACCAAUCGGCCAUGGGAAAGCAAGCCAUGGGAUUCUUCCUCACCAACUACAACCGUCGUAUGGAUACCAUGUCCAAUAUCCUUUACUAUCCUCAGAAACCCCUUGGCACCACUCGAUCGAUGGAAUAUCUCAAGUUUCGUGAGCUUCCUGCUGGUCAAAACGCUAUCGUUGCCAUCGCUUGCUACUCCGGGUACAAUCAGGAAGAUUCGGUCAUCAUGAAUCAAAGUAGUAUUGAUCGAGGCCUGUUCCGCAGUUUGUUCUUCCGCUCUUACUCGGAUCAAGAGAAGAAAGUGGGCCUCAACUAUACCGAGAUGUUCGAGAAGCCGUUCCAACCCAACACGCUCCGUAUGAAACAUGGUACCUACGACAAACUGGACGAGGACGGUAUUGUUGCUCCUGGCGUUCGUGUAUCCGGUGAAGAUAUCAUCAUCGGAAAAACGGCACCAAUCGACCCAGAAACCCAGGAUCUCGGGGCUCGAACUCAAGCACACCAGAAGCGCGACAUUUCGACACCGCUACGAAGCACCGAGAAUGGCAUUGUCGACUCUGUCAUCCUGACGGUCAACGCGGACAACACAAAGUAUGUGAAGGUGCGAGUUCGGACAACCAAGAUUCCUCAGAUUGGCGACAAGUUUGCAUCGCGUCACGGUCAGAAGGGUACGGUUGGAGUUACUUAUAGGCAGGAGGACAUGCCUUUCACUCGCGAGGGUAUCACCCCCGAUAUCAUCAUCAACCCCCACGCCAUCCCCUCGCGUAUGACAAUUGCUCACUUGAUCGAAUGUCUCUUGAGUAAAGUCGCUACGAUGGAAGGUCUUGAGGGUGACGCCACGCCCUUUACCGAAGUAACAGUCGAUCAAGUGUCCGAGCUUCUCCGUGGACACGGAUAUCAGUCGCGGGGAUUCGAGGUCAUGUACAAUGGUUACACUGGCAGGAAACUGCGCGCCCAGGUGUUCUUCGGUCCUACUUACUACCAGCGCCUGCGACACAUGGUCGACGACAAGAUUCACGCUCGCGCACGUGGACCGGUUCAAAUUAUGACACGCCAGCCGGUGGAAGGUCGUGCGCGUGAUGGUGGCUUGCGCUUCGGUGAGAUGGAACGCGACUGCAUGAUUGCCCACGGUGCAGCAGCCUUCCUCAAGGAGCGACUUUUUGAGGUUUCGGAUGCUUUCCGCGUUCACGUAUGCGAAAUUUGCGGGCUGAUGACGCCGAUUGCCAACCUCUCCAAGCAGUCAUUUGAGUGCCGGCCUUGUAAAAACAAGACCAAGAUUGCUCAGAUACACAUACCAUACGCAGCCAAGUUGCUUUUCCAAGAGCUACAAGCAAUGAACAUUGCCGCCAGGAUGUUCACCAGCCGCUCCGGUGCAUCUAUCCGCUAA